AUGCUACCGUCAGACAUCGUCGCCGGAAUGUCGUUGAUCGUCUUCGGCUUUGUUGGCGUGUUUCUGUACGUCUUGAUCACCUGCACAAUGGCCCAAAUGAUUGGAGAAAUUGUUGGCUUUCGAUUUUUAAUCAGUCAAGCGAUUACGGACGUUCUUCUUCUUUUACAGUUCGCCAUUUGGCCUGGUGUCACAAUUCUUUGCCAGGAUGAAAUUCUACCAGAGAUGGCUAGAUGGCAUGUGCACAUCUAUCUCGAUUUUACAUGGUGGGCAAUGGUCUAUCAUUACACGAUGGUGGCAUGGUCACGAUGGGCGGCUAUACAGUGGCCAAACUGGUUUCGUCUUCUUCCACCCACUAACUGCCUAAUGAUCUGCUUUGUUCCAUGGCUAGUUGGACUCACGCAAUCCAUUAUAGAGCACCAGUUCGAUUGGUUCGUUCCACUUUACUUCAAUCCUCAACGAUACGGUAUGGACACUGAUUGGUUACGGUACGAGCAAUCAGGAACAAAUACCUACUAUAUGGUGUGUAAUGCAGUGCUAAUGGUGCUACCGUUUCCGUUCUACGCUGCCGCCCUUAACAUUCUACUCAGGAGGCGCGCUGAUCGAAUCACUAAAGCGCGGUCACAAUUUUCUAACGGCAAGCGGAAUUCGAUUCUCUCCAUUCAACGACAGUUAAGCAUUGAAACUCGUCUACUCAUUCCGUGCAUCAUCAACACCAUAUUGUUUAUUGUUGGGCAGGUACGAAUAAGAAUAGACAAUUUGGAGAAUAGUGCGAUGCAGCAAACUACCGCAGUCAAUCGUUCCUUGUUUCGAUCCCUAGCCACUUUCAAGACGCUCAAGCUAUCGAAUUCUCGCAUG